AUGAUCUCUCUGGUAUCCAUACUCACAUUUAUGGUGGCGGCGAAUGUAGUUGGUGCUACAAACUCAGUCGGAUGUGGCAAGGAGCCGACGCUCGCCAGCGGAGUGCAUUCGCUCACCGUCAACGGAAAGGAUCGCGAGUACACAUUAAAGAUUCCCGACAACUACGACGCGGCCAACUCCUACAAGCUCAUCUUCGGAUUCCACUGGGCAAAUGGCACCAUGGAGAACAUCACGAUCGGCGCAACGACGGGCGGUGUGGUGCCCGGAUGGUCGUACUACGGCCUGGAGCAGCGCGCCAACAACACGGCCAUCCUCGUCGCGCCGAACGGACUCAACAAGGGCUGGGCCAACACCGACGGCGAGGACGUGGCCUUCGUCGACGCCAUGAUCGACGCCAUCGAGACGGACCUGUGCGUCGACCAGGCCCAGCGCUACGCCACCGGCUUCAGCUACGGCGGCUCCAUGACGCGCACCCUGGCCUGCGCCCGCGCGAACGUCUUCCGCGCCGUCGCCGUCCUGUCCGGCGCCCUGCUCAGCGGCUGCGAUGCCAGCACCGACCCCAUCCCGUACCUCGGCAUCCACGGCAUCAACGACCCGCUGCUCCCCAUCGCGCGCGGCCGCGGCCUGCGCGAUGCGUUCGUCGCUAACAACGGCUGCACCCCGCAGGAUCCACCCGAGCCGGCGAAUGGGACGCUGACGCACGUCAAGACUGUCUACGAGGGCUGCAGGGCUGAGUAUCCGGUGUGGUGGAUUGCGUAUGAUGGUGGUCACAUCUCAGCGCCGCACGAUGGUCCGCCCCGUGACACCGACAGCGGUGACUCAUUUGCUCCUACAGAGACGUGGGCGUUCUUCUCUCAGUUCUUCGAAUAG